GCAGUGCUGAACUCGUAGCACCUCGAAUACUUUUACUUGGAAGUUGGAACUGGGCUCAAUGCCGAACAUUAAGUGACGUAGGCCACAUAGGAUUUGCACGAAAUAUAAUAUGUUGUCAGCAAGAAAACUGCUGGAACAUUUCCAUCAUAAUGAUAUGUAUACCAGGAACGCGGCAGAGUCGUCUAUCUCGUUUUUUGUUUGAAACCACACGAGUGGAAUAAACCGGUGUCCUGGGACCGAGAGAGUCGUGUGCUACAGGGCAGAGAAGGUGGUCAUGGGGUUAGCGCUUCACACUCUCCUGGCCCUGACUGUCCAGCUUCCCUGGCUGCUGCUCCUGGCUCUGCUCGUUCCCAGGAAUGUCCGAGCUGAAGAGCUGAAGCCCACUAGAUGGCCCCUGUUCUCCCAGAAGCCUUUGCUCCUCGCCUGGAAUGCCCCAACGGAGGACUGUGGCCCCCGGCACGGUGUGCAUUUCCCGCUGGAGCAGUUCCAGAUCGUAGCUUCACCCAACGAGGGCUUCGUCAGACAGAACCUCACCAUCUUCUAUAAGGACCGGUUAGGGCUGUACCCGUAUUACGAGCGUGACGGCACCGCGGUGAACGGUGGAAUCCCUCAGGCCGCCAGUCUCAUGCAGCACCAGGAGAAGAUGCCCGAAGGUGUGCACAAAUACAUACGCGAACCAAACGCCAAAGGCCUCGCCGUCAUUGACUGGGAGGAGUGGCGUCCGCUGUGGAUCCGCAACUGGGACGUCAAGAACGUGUACCGGGACCAAUCCCGGAAACUAGUGGCCGAGAAAAACCCGGAUUGGCCCCCGGAGCAAGUGGGGAAAGUGGCUCAGCAGGAGUUUGAGCUGUCGGCCCGAAAGUUCAUGCUGGAGACCCUCAGGCUGGCCAAGAGCCUGCGGCCUAACCAACUGUGGGGGUUCUACCUGUUCCCAGAUUGCUACAACCACGACUACCGGAGCGGCCUGAACUACACAGGCCGCUGCCCUAAUGUGGAGGUGGCCCGUAAUGACCAGCUCACCUGGCUGUGGACUGAGAGCACAGCUCUGUUCCCUUCAGUCUACAUGGGCAAGGUGCUGAGCUCCACCACGUUCGGGCGCCAGUUUGUCCGGAACCGAGUGAAGGAGGGGAUGCGGCUUGCUUCGGCGGGCGACGGGGUGGCACGGCCCGUCUUCGUCUACACCCGGCCUACGUAUGCCAACGAGCUGACUCCGCUGACUGAGACAGACCUGGUGUCCACCAUUGGGGAGAGUGUAGCCCUGGGAGCAGCUGGGGUCAUCGUCUGGGGAGAUCAUACCUACGCCAGCAGCAAAGCCAGCUGCUCCAGUCUGAAUGACUACCUACGGGGUCCGCUUGGACAGUACCUGCUUAACGUCUCUACGGCAGCAGAAUUGUGCAGCCAGCAGCUGUGCACCUCCCAUGGCCGCUGCCUCCGCACACUCUCAGACACUGACGCCUACCUGCACCUCAACCCCCUCACCCACAGCAUCAGCGUCCAGGGUGGCAGGCUGAAGGUGACAGGUCAGCUAGAUCAGGGGGAGCUGGCUAGGUACAGGCAACACUUCCAGUGCCAGUGCUACAGCGGGUACAAGGGCGAGGGCUGUGCCCAGAGAGAGCUGGGGAAGAGUGCUGCCGCACCUGUCUGGGGAGUCUGGUCUGUACUCACCCUGUUGCUCCCUCUAGGGCUUCUCACUCUGCUCCACUGAGGGAGGCGAGCAGGAGCUGACAACGUGCAAUAUGGGGGGAAACAACCACACCUUGGUCCUGGCCUUUGCUGGGCCUCAGGGAGAUUCCUAGUCAGGGAUGGGCUCUAGCUGUUCUGUGGGACUGAUCCAUAUGGAGAAGAGGACAUGGGAGUGCCAUUUGUCAACAAGGUGAAGGAGGGGACUGAAGAUGCUCCUCAGUACCCUUUAGUUACCCACGCAAGCUAAAGGGACAAUAUGUGAAGUGGGAAAACAAUAGGCCGUCUAUUUUUGACUUGAUGUUUUUAUUGUGAGUGCUGUGAGGUAGAAAGGAAGGUCUAUGCUGGACUGGUCUAUCCCUCCCUUCACCAGAUCUGGAAGACAUCUGGAGCUAGCAGCCAGAACUAGAACUAAGAUGUCUGUAAUGUGUAUGAAUGCUGACCUCAACUGUAUAUUGAGUGUGUGUGUCUGUGUGAACUGUGUCAUUUAGAGGUUGUAAGGUUACUACGGGCGGCAGGUAGCCUAAUGGUUAGAGCGUUGGGCCAGUAACCGAAAGGUUGCUAGAUUGAAUCUCCGAGCUGACAAGGUAAAAAUCCGUUGUUCUGCCCCUGAACAAGGGGCAGAACCCACUGUUCCUAGGCCGUCAUUGAAAAUAAGAAUUUGUUCUUAACCGACUUGCUUAGUAGUUUUUAUACAUUUUUUAUUUAACUAAGGUUACUACUAGUGAGACUAGUUUUUUAGAAUGUUCCUCUCUCUCUCUUGCCUUAUGUGGAACCGAGGGAAUUGAGAAACCUCAACAACAGAUACUAACGCACCACACAACAAGAAUGCUACUUUUCGAUGGAGACUGUUCCACUGUGAAGCUUUUGUCCAAAGAGACCUGCGCUGUGCUUGGAUAGUCCUACCUCUCUCGGCUAGACGGCUAUACCUUCACCCAGCUCUGAUCUAGCAGAACUGCAGAUAGGACAAGGAAAAACGCAAUCUUUAAAAAAAAAAAAAAAAAAGUUAUCUUUUUAUAUCUUUUCGUAACAAUCUCUUUUCCUACGGUCUUAUUUUUUUAAGUCUGUAAUGUUGUGGUGGAAAAUAACUGGAAUAUUUGGAACUGACUCUCGAAUAUUCACGAGCUUCAGUAUUGUGGCAACGAAUACCUUUAAUCUAUAUAGCUGUCUUUGUGUCACGCGCACUGCGUUUGCAACAUUUUAAUCACAUUAGCAAGAAAGACUCAUCUAAUCAUUUUCAAUUCAUAUUUUUAGCCAACCUGUCCUUUGACAUUUGUGAACACACCACAUCGGCACAGAUGACACGGUAUGCCAGUGUCUUUCCAAAAAGUGUGUUUGGCCUAACAUGUCUGUCAUCCUUAUUCUGGUGCCUCUACCAUCUAUCUUUUGUAGAUGUUAUUUGAGGGUCUGUGAGGAUUGCAAAGCAAAACUGAAAGCACUGUUUUGCCAUUUGUUUCUGCUCUAUUCUUCCUUCUGUUGCCUGAAACCAAAAUUCCUUCGAAAAUGGCUCUGGCCUCAUGCAUGUUUUUUUUUAUCUAGAAGGAAUACAGCUUUUGUCAAUUUACUUUUUGUAACAGGUUUAGGAUAACUUACACAGCAGGUUAGGAGAAUUAGGUGGGUUUGCUGAAAUGCACAAAAACAAAUCUACUUUGACGUCAAUUUCACAAGCUGUAUCCCAUCUAGACAUGACCCUCCGGGCGCUUUUUCAGGGGACCACAGUCAGACCUCCAGGGGGCUCUGUGUUGGUCAUCUUCACUGCUCUUAUUUAUGUCCCAAACAUGCUUCUCAUUUACUGUCAACAUGUGGAUUGGAUGUAAUUGUAAUUAGUAGUUAUUUACAUUUAAACUUGAAAUAUAAAAAGGCUCUCAAUGAAUUUGAAUCUUGGA